UCCCAUCAUGCACUCUGAUCAGCAGGGAGAGCAUUGAUCAUUGGUUGAACUUUGAACUGUGUUGCACCGAUUGUGAUCAACAUGUUUGAAGAGAGCUGAAGCAGAUGGAGUUCAUCAAUAAUCAAUAAUUGGCCGAGCAGCCGACUGAAAGAGAAACAAUGAAACUUUCAAAGUUUAAAAAAACAAACAGGUGCAGGUCUCAAAGCUGCUGCUCUGUGUCAGAACUACAUUACCCAGAGUUCCACAGGAAGGGGGAGGAGGAGGCGGAGCCUCACCUGCCCACACCUGCAGAGUGACUGAAGACUGAAGGAAGAAAAACACAGAAAACAAAGAAGAAGAAGAAAAUGUUCACAGAAUCCAAACCUGAGUCCCCGAUCUGAACCCACCUGAACCGGACUCACCUGAUUUGGGUUCAGUCUGAGUCCACCUGGAUUCUGGAUCCACCUGAGACUGAAGAUUUCUCAACUUUUACCUGAAGCAGGAAGUGAGAGCAGGAGGAGCCGCAGACAUGGGUAGUAAGGAACGUUACCAUUGGCUGGCUCAGAACGUGAAGGUGAGCGGCGUGGACGACAUGGUGCUGCUGUCCAAGAUCAACGAGGACGCCAUCACGGACAACCUGAAGAAGAGAUACAUGGACGACUACAUCUUUACCUACAUUGGUUCGGUUCUGAUCUCUGUGAAUCCGUUCAAACAGCUUCCAUAUUUCACAGACAGAGAAGUCGAGCUGUACCAGGGAGCGGCUCAGUAUGAGAACCCUCCUCAUAUCUACGCUCUGGCUGACCACAUGUACAGGAACAUGAUGAUUGACAGCGAGAACCAGUGUGUUGUCUUCAGCGGUGAGAGCGGAGCAGGAAAGACUGUAGCUGCUAAGUUCAUCAUGAGUUAUGUGUCCAAAGUGUCUGGAGGAGGAGACAAAGUCCAGCAUGUUAAAGACAUCAUCCUGCAGUCCAACCCUCUGCUUGAGGCAUUCGGAAACGCCAAGACCGUCCGCAACAACAACUCCAGCAGAUUUGGGAAGUACUUUGAGAUCCAGUUCAGUCGAGGAGGAGCUCCUGAUGGAGGAAAAAUCUCAAACUUCCUGUUGGAGAAGAGUCGAGUCGUUUCACAAAAUCAAGGAGAGAGAAACUUCCACAUCUACUACCAGCUGUUGGCGGGGGCAAGUGGGGAGCAGAGGGAGAACCUCGGGGUCACGACCCCCGACUACUACUUCUACCUCAACCAAUCAGGAACCUACACAGUGGAGGACGUCAACGACAAGAAGGAGUUCACUGACACCAUGGAGGCGAUGUCAGUCGUGGGUCUGUCUGUGGAGGAUCAGGAUUCAGUUCUUCAGCUCGUUGCAGGAAUUCUUCAUCUGGGAAACAUCAGCUUCAGAGAGGAGAACAACUACGCCGUGGUCGAGAGCCUGGACUUCCUGGCGUUUCCGUCCUUCCUGUUGGGGAUCUCUCAGGAUGGUCUCUGCAGUAAGCUCACCAGCAGGAUCAUGGAUAGUAAGUGGGGUGGGAAGACUGAGUCCAUCUCCGUAACCCUGAACACGGAGCAGGCCACUUUCACCAGAGACGCCCUGUCCAAAGCUCUGUACACAAGACUCUUCGACUUCCUCGUCGACUGUAUCAACAAAGCCAUGCAGAAGGAACAGGAGGAGCUCAACAUCGGAGUCCUCGACAUCUACGGCUUCGAGAUCUUCCAGAGAAAUGGCUUUGAGCAGUUCUGCAUCAACUUUGUCAACGAGAAGCUGCAGCAGAUUUUCAUUGAGCUAACCCUGAAGGCUGAACAGGAGGAGUACGUUCAGGAGGGCAUCAAAUGGACGCCCAUCGACUACUUCAACAACAAGGUGGUCUGUGACCUCAUUGAGUCCAAACUGAAUCCUCCUGGGCUUAUGAGCAUCCUGGACGACGUAUGUGCUACAAUGCACGCAAAAGGUGAAGGCGCCGACCAGACGCUGCUGCAGAAACUUCAGGGACAGAUCGGAUCCCACGAACACUUCAGCAGCUGGAACAAAGGCUUCAUCGUCCACCACUAUGCCGGGAAGGUGUCGUAUGAUGUCAGCGGUUUCUGUGAGAGGAACAGAGACGUGUUGUUUAAUGACAUCAUCGAGCUGAUGCAGAGCAGUGAGUUUCCGUUCAUCAGAGCUCUGUUCCCGGAGAACCUGGAAGUGGAGAAGAGGGGGCGUCCGACCACGGCGAGCAGUAAGAUCAAGAAACAAGCAAACACUUUGGUCCACACUCUGAUGAAGUGCACCCCUCACUACAUCCGCUGCAUCAAACCCAAUGAGACCAAACGUCCCCGGGACUGGGAGGAGAACCGGGUCAGACACCAGGUGGAGUACCUGGGCCUCCGAGAGAACAUCAGAGUCCGCCGAGCCGGAUACGCGUACAGACGGGUCUUCAACAAGUUCCUACAGAGGUAUGCCAUCCUCACCAAGGACACCUGGCCCUGCUGGAGGGGUGAGGAGCGCCAGGGAGUCCUGCACCUCCUCAACUCGGUCAACAUGGACCAGGACCAGUUCCAGCUGGGCAAGAGCAAAGUCUUCAUCAAAGCUCCAGAGUCGCUCUUCCUGUUGGAGGAGAUGAGGGAGAGGAAGUAUAACGGCUACGCUCGGGUCAUCCAGAAGGCGUGGCGUAAACACAUCGCUGUCCGCAAGUACGUCAAGAUGAGGGAGGAAGCCUCAGACGUCCUGCUGAACAAGAAGGAGCGCCGCAGAAACAGCAUCAACAGGAACUUUGUGGGCGACUACAUCGGAACAGACAACCAUCCGGAGAUCAGACAGUUUGUCGGCCGCAGAGAGAGGAUCGACUUUGCCGAUGUUGUGGUGAAAUUUGACCGAAGAUUCAGGUCUGUGAAGCGAGACCUCAUCUUGACUCCAAAGUUCCUGUACCUGAUUGGUCGAGAAAAGGUGAAGCAGGGUCCUGACAAAGGUCAGAUCCAGGAGGUUCUGAAGAGGAAGAUUGAGCUGAACAAGAUCCAGUCUGUUUCCCUGAGCACUCUGCAGGAUGACUUUUUCAUCAUCCAUGAGGAGGAGUACGACAGCGUUCUUCAGAGCGUCUUUAAGACGGAGUUCCUCAGUCUGCUGGUGAAACGUUAUCAGGACAAAACUCAGAAGAAGCUGCCGCUCAAGUUCAACAACCUGCUGGAGUUUAAGGUGAAGAAGGGCGGCUGGGGUCCAUUCAGCUCUUCAGGGUCCAGACAGAUCCAGUUCCAGGUGGGCCAGGGGAACGAGGCCAUCCUGAAGCCCAGUGGGAAGGUCCUGCAGGUCUCCAUCGGACCGGGUCUGCCCAAAAACUCUAGACCGACGAGGAAGGACAACCGCAAGAGCCGCUACAUGGGCAACCAGGCUCCGCCCACUAGCCAGUACAACUCAGCUCCUCACUCCAGAGGGGGCAGAGCUCCCAGAGGAGGCUCCACCUCCACCAGAGGCACCCUGCUGAGGCAGCAGUCCAGCAUGGAGCAGCCCAGUCUGCCCCGCCUCCAGAGCCAGCAUCGCCAUGACAACCGGCUCCACCAGCAACAGGACAUGGGCUUCAUGAACGUCCCUGACCAGGGAGCUGCAGGGCUGCAGCGCCGGAGGUCGAAGGAGGUGAAACCUCUUCCUGGAGCAGGUCGACCCAAACCAGCUCCCAAACCAAAGCCUCGGUCUCCGCAAUGCAGAGCUCUGUACGCCUACGACGCCCAGGACACUGACGAGCUCAGCUUCAACACUGAUGAUGUCAUCGAGAUACUUACUGAGGAUCCGUCCGGCUGGUGGUUUGGCCGUCUGCGGGGCAAAGAGGGGAUGUUCCCCGGAAACUACGUGGAGAAGAUCUAGACCUCCUCUCUAGAUCGGUCACCGCACUGCUGCUGCUGCAGCUGGGGUCAGAGGUCACUGGAGCUUUCAACACAUCAGCUGACAGGAAACAGGAAGCUAAAUAUGAUGAGUUUAUCUAUAAACAAACAUGUAUAGUUCAGUCAAUCAACCAGAGGUCAAAGGUCAGGGUCAGGUGACCCCUGGACUGAGGCUGUGUACAGUCAGGUGAAACAUCCCUGUGAGGCUUCAGUUUCUGAUCAUCUCUGAUGGAACAGCAUCCAGCGUUACCAUGGAAACAUGAUGAAAGUAUCAGUGUAUGCCAGCGCCCCCUUCAGGUGACGUGUUUGGACAAACGUCUAAAUAACAUCUAAAGAAUGUCUAAAGAACAUUUCAGAUGAGACGAACAGAAACUGAACCUCACUAAAUAUUAAAUAAAUCUUUAACUGCAGCUUUAAGAAUCUCUGAUUUAAAAUAUAAAACAAACAA